UGAAGUACAGAGCUGCGGAAGUUUGCCACGUCGUGUGAUGUGUUCUGAAGGGUUAUUUCAAGAAUUUUCGAGAGAGGUAGUGCCCAUUGAUUACUCGCCGACGCACAGGUCAAGGAAUGUCAGUCGGCAUUGCUAAACUAAGAACAUUUGUCAGAGCCAUGAAUUGGAGGUGACCAUUGACCUCUCAGGACCCCAGGUCACUCUCAAUACAGCGAUGGAAAGAGCAUACAGUUCGGGUGGUAUGGCGCAUUUGGCCAUUCCCACAUCGUGCCUCAGAACUUGCCAGCUGUGGUUAACUCUCACAGCAGCAUGGAUGCUUGUGGUCACUUGCGUUGCUUCGCAGUUCACCACUCAUCCCAUGCUGUUCUACAGUCCAGACCGGGUACCGAGCUUGAUCAAGCAGGCCCGGACCACCCACAGUAAGAUCGCCAGUGUGCUAGAGGAAGCCGCACGGACCAUGCUCAGUAACCAGCACCACUACCUUCCCUCGUCGAACUACGAAACGUUUGGUGGCCGCUGGAACGAAGUAUAUGGGAACAACUUAGCAGCCCUGGCAAUGUACUGCGUGUUGUACCCUGAGGAUCACGAAGCCAGAGACUUUGCAUUCAAAUAUAUGGACAUCAUGGUAUCUUUUCCAAAAUGGCAGGUCAUCAAGAUACCAAGUGACGAGGUACCGGUUGCCCAUUCAUUAACAGGGUUGGUCACGGCAUUUGAUUUUCUGUAUCCAGUCCUAGGCAAAGAGAGACGGGCGUUGUAUUUGAAGAAGAUCAUCAGCGUCACCAAAGAAAUGUAUGAGUGUUCACUAAUCCGUGCCUGGGGGAGUCAGCAUAUACAGAAUCACGUCGCGACUAAUUACGUCUCAUUGCUACAUGGGAGUCUGGUUUCUGCAGUGCACCAAGCACCGGAAUCAAAGAAGUGGAUCCAACAUGCCAGGGAAAGCUUUGAGAAAACCAUGUCGCUUCUCAAUCACGUCAUUGAUGGCUCGAUGGAGGAAGGUGUAGCAUACGGAAGCUACACGUCGCGCUCUGUCACUCAGUACGCUUACUUGGCAAUGCGUCACUUUGACGUGGACCACACCCAGGAUUUGUGGUUGAAGGAGCACUUCUGGUUCUACUACAACACCAUCAUGCCAAACUUUCAGCGCACUGUCGGGAUUGCCGACAGCAACAAAAACUGGUUCUAUGGUCCGGAGAGCCAGCUAGUCUUCCUCGACACCUUUGUGAUGCGGAACGGUUACGGGAACUGGCUGGCCCAGAAAAUACGCAGCCAUCGCGUCAUGGACAGAAAGUCUGGACUGGCGCCUUCUGAGUCGCAGAGAUGGUGCACGCUCCACACAGAAUUUCUGUGGUAUGACCCAUCCAUCCAUCCUAAAGCACCUCCUCAGAGCGGGACACCAGACCUCCAUGUUUUCAGUGACUGGGGUGUGGUCACUUACAGCAAGGUGGACCCUAGCGUAACUGACGACGUUUUCUUGGCGUUCAAAUCUGGCAAGAUGCACGGCCGGGGCAUCUUCGAUGUUGUCCAGAGAAACAUGUACUCCUCUUGGCUCAGUAAAUGGAAGAGCUUCAACCCGGGCCAUGAACACCCAGACCAGAACAUGUUUGUGUUUGCCCCGAAUGGACAGCCUUUUAUCACCGACGGUCUGUACGGGCCAAAGUACUCCUACUUGAACAAUGUUCUCUUGUUCUCACCGUCGCCUACGAGCCAAUGUUUCAAGCCGUGGGAGGGGCAGCUUGGGGAGUGUGAUAAGUGGUUACGAUGGCGUAGGGAGGGAGUAGAAGCGUAUGGUGGGGAGUUAGUCACAGCAAGUGUUGGUGACGGUAUGGUGCAUAUGAGUGGUGAGGCGAAGAAUAGUUACGAUCCCAAGAUGAAUUUGAAGUCCGUCUACCGCAGCUUAGUGCUUCUCAAUCCCAACUUGCUAGUCAUCUUAGAUCACGUUGAGACUCGAUCCAGGUCUCCGCUCACCCACGCUGCGGCGUUCUUCAACAGCGUUGAGAACACCUUUGAUCCGGCACGGUUGCAAAAGCUUUACGGUGCCAAAUCGACAAUCAAGGGCGAGGAGUACAAGAUGUUCUGGGUCACUCCUGAAGGCCGCAGCCCAAAGGCAUCCUUGUCCAAGCAGUCGCACCCAUCCGAGUACCGAUCCCGAGAAACCAACUUUGUCAACGUCACCAUGAAGUUGAAAUCCCGUUUGACGCGGAUGGCCUACGCACUCUACGGCCCCUCUGAAACAAUCGUUGAUAUGAGUUUCCUUGAUGUGAAAGAGGAGGGAGUCUCAUUUGAGUUACGGACGGAGAAGAUGAACUACAGGAUCAACACAGUGACGAGGCACAAUAAUCCAAAUGUUCGACUCAAAUUUCUUGGCUAUCCGGGUUACGUAACCGUAAGAAAGGGAAUGCAGCUUAUUAAGUUCGGCAUCAACAGCACACUGGAAGGGACCAAGAUGAAGACUCCAACAAACUCGGACAGUUUCACCACAAUGAGUCUAUUUCUAGGAGCCCUCAUGCUUGGAUUGGUGGUGCUGUACUUGGUCAACCGUCGCUUCCGUAGAAUCGUCCCAAGGCCCAGAAACUUUUUCCUCGCCAUGGUGUUAAUGGGUGGCUUGAUGCUGGGGAUGUUGUACUAUUCUGCCUGCCAAAACGAUUCCUGUACUCCGACACCGACAGCUAGAGAGUCUGCAGCCCCAACCUCCCCAGCCGGUCUUCCUUCAGUUGUCAUCACUUCACUGCCUGGCUCAGGCUCAGAGAUCCUUGGUUGGCUGUUCUACUACAACCCCGACUUCCUUCACGUGCAAGUACCAUCAGACAUUGUCAAACUUCCAGAGACAAUGCAAGCUUCGGUCAAUCCUUUUCUGGAUGCAUGUGUGUGGACCACAAAAGACGAAAACAGGUUUCCCGCCCUGACCAAUAAGAUUAAAACUUUACGCUGGAGUUGGCACCGUGUGUUCGGGGGCUUAAGUCGGCCUGCUCGCGCUGUGAAGAAUUUUGAGUCAAGUGAAUUACUUCAUCAGCCGGAUAUAAAUAGUAAACAAACUGAUCCGUCUAAACAUUUCACAAUGAGAAGAAUAGAAUUGGUAGACACGCCAUCGGACAGCAAGGGGGAUAUCACCCACAAAGUUUACCAGACCGUCGAUUUGUUGGCCCAUGCUUCCAAAUUCCCGAAUGCUCAGAGCGUGCUGCACUUCGGCAGCGGGAGCUGGGGACUGAAACUCCAGUGGCUGCAAGGGAUUCUGGGAGACACCAUGCGCAACAUCCACGUCGUCCGUGACCCACGCGCCUGGGUGGCCAACUUCCUCCGCGACAAUAAGCGGUUGUACACAUCCGCAAACGUGGCUCAGCACGUCCAGGUGCUAGCGCAGCAACUCCAAACCCCAUGCCAGUUCAAGAAUUUGGACAGUGAACACUUCUACGAUCUGCAAGGCACCCCUCACAAGUUAUUGGCUACACUGUGGGCAGCCUACAUGGACCUGUUGCUGGACUCGGUAGGGGGACUGAGGGGCCAGUAUCGCGUGGUGAGAUAUGAAGACUUGGUGCGAUCGCCCAGGAGUAUGGCUGACAACAUCUACAAGUUUAUUGGUUUCCCCCUCCCGCCGUCAAUGGAACACCAGCUGGUCCAGGCCGCACACACUGGCAUCUACCAGAGCCCACAUGAAGGCCUCGUCCUGCCGUCCAAGCUCAACAACUGGAAAUCGGAACUGACGUUGACCAAGAUCCGAGAUAUCGAACGCAUCUGCAAACACAGCAUGAAACGACUGGGCUAUAGUCGGAUGGAGGUAGACAAUUAACCCUAAAAACCCUCCCGGAUCCUUCAAAAUCCGCCAUGAGGUUUUGAAAAGAUUUUGUAGGAUUUAGGAAGGUAGAGCCCAGCCACUGUUACUUAACAUUGGGCUUAAUACCCCUUAAAACUUGGUAGCUACAAAAAGUGUGCCAUGGGGUUCGUAGAGAGUGAUGGAUUUUGCAGGAUUGAGGAAGGUAGCGCCCAGCCACUAUUACUUUACAUGGGACUUGGUACUCAGUGAAAGUUUCUACAUGCAGUUCAAAGAAUUUGCUAUUGAGUUCAUUGAUUUUGGAGGAUUUGGGAAGGUUUUCAGCAGGGCCAAUUGAUUUCAUGUUUUAACUCUAAUCCUCCUGGAUCCUUCAAAAUCUGCUAGGCGGUUUCAAAAUGAUUUUGCAGGAUUAAGGAAGCCUUGAGCUCAGCUACUGUUACUUUAAAUGGAACUUGAUUCCCCUAGAAAGUUUUAUUACAAAGGUUGCGGCAUUGGGAUCCCGCAUAGUUGCUAAAAUGCCUCUGAAUUUACGGUUAAACGAAAAGGUCAACAACCCACAUUGUCUGUUUCAUAGAAGUAUGGGGAUGAGUAUGUUGUAAACAACUGACAAGUGUCACAAAUACCUUCCAAGUUCAAUAUCAAAAUGAUCUUUCUAUUUGUUAAAUGCAACUGAAAUUGAUAGCUGAGAAAGCUUCGUACACCAAAACUAUGCCAAAAUUGUUUUUCUCCUAAAGGUGAUAUUGAAGAAAGCUUUCUAUGCCAAAACCAUAAAGUUUUUAAAAUACUUUUUUUAUAAAAGAUAACUACCUUGAAAUAUUACAGAAAACAAAAACGCUGGUUUGCUAUCUUUUUAUAUUUUAAGGAUAUGUAAUAUAACAUACUGCCGUCCAAUUUCAAUUUGCUGCGACAAUCAAAGCCGUUACACACUCCUACAUAAAUCUGAAGUGAAUUUGCACGAGUUCAACUUAUAUGCAGAUUUGCCAAAACGUCUUUUCUUUUUUUUUCUAUUCAAAUUGUGAACCCCAAAAAUUUGUUCAUUGAAAACAUUUGUGAGAAAAGUUUGCUCGUUGGCUUACUGCCAUGUACUGACACGACAACGAAUCACC